AAACAACAAGUAAUUGGCGCCUUUACUUUGAAAAUAGGCAGUUGAUUGUAGACUAGACAUCAAAAAAACAUCAUCACACACAACUACCACCUCUCGGAUAGUUUUUGUAUUAAAGAGAAGAGGAAUUUUUGAUAGGAUUUGUAAAUAUAUUGUCAUCUUUGAAUGAAUCUUCUAUCACACGACAUACAGGAGCUGAAUAUACAGCUUCCUUUGGUUUCACCAUCACACACCAAUUAUCAUUCUAAAAAACACUCCUUUAAUGAACAAUCUACCAUCAUCAAGGACUGUAUUAAAUCACUCUUGUACACAAUCACGUUCCAUAGGGCUCUAGGAGAAGUGCCUCCAAUUGGAAUGGAUUGUGAGGUUCUGGAUGGUAUCAGCUUUGUAAGUAUUAAGUAAUUAAACCAACUGAUAUUACAACAAUCACAAGAUAUUACAGCAAAAUUUCAAAAUUAUUUACGUGAGGAAAUGAAGCUCGGAGAAAACUUCUUUAUCAAACCAAACUUGAAACAACCAGCACAAAAAACUGCAACUAUAAUUAAAUUAGACGAGAGCAUAUUAUCGAGAAGAUUCUUAAUUGAAAUCAAGUAUUAUACAGUGAAGGUUUCGGCUUCAUUUUCUAUUUUUGGAGGAAAGCGAGAGGAAAGAGUUUACUUUGAAACUUGGAGAAUACCUAUCAAAAUUCAUUGGAAUACACAGUGGAAUCAUUUAUUUGAAGGAAUGCCUCUAGUUAAAGUUGAAAAUACAUCCGAAGAUAAUAUAUCAAACAAACUGGGAAAAGAAACCCCUCCUGAUUCCACAAAAUUACAAGAAGACCUCAGGAAGAGAUUGGUGAAGAUUAUCAAAUCAGCACACGAAGACGUUCCACAUUUACCUAACGUCUCUGACAAUCUCACCUUUUUAAAUGGAAAGAGUUUCUCAUUUGAAGUUGAGGUAAAGAGUGACACUAAGGAUGAUUCCAAGAAGCCAUCAGGGUGGUUUUCAAUUUGGUAAGCUACUGGACAAAUUAUUAUUCGUGUACAUAUAUAAAUUUUGAAUUUUUGCUUUUUAAC